GCCUGACGGUGUACAAAUACCCAUCUUGUCCUCGACGGCGAGCAGCCUAUCCUUGCGUACGACAUGGCGGGUGGAAACUCAAAAGGAAGAUCAAGCACCCCCAGUGAGACAAAUGACGGUUCGAGCUUUGUGACGAAGUGGCUCGGCCGCGCUGUCGUGCUUUGCUUGUUCUUUGCGACGUGCAGUUGGCUCGACUCCAUCAAACACCGGUGGUAUGUCUUCACGCCUGAAUUCCUUCACGAACUCGCGCAAGAAGCCGUUGCUUCUGCCCCCGCACCAGACGAUACCUACUACAUGAUCAACCACAUCGUCUCCAACCUAACCGCCACAUACCCCUCCGAUGUAGUUGCUCUCAACCACGACACCAAGGAAUGGAUGUUCAACAAUGCUGGUGGUGCCAUGGGCGCGAUGUACAUUAUUCACGCCAGCAUCACGGAGUACCUCAUUAUUUUCGGUACUCCACUUGGAACCGAGGGACAUAGUGGUAUACACACCGCUGAUGACUACUUCAAUAUCCUCGUUGGUGAACAAUGGGCAUUCGAUCCGCCGAAUUUGGAGAAGGAGGUUUACCCUCCCGGGAGUGUACAUCAUCUACGAAGGGGGCACAUGAAGCAAUACAAAAUGCACGAGGGCUGCUUCGCCCUUGAAUAUGCCAGAGGAUGGAUCCCACUGAUGUUGCCUUUCGGAUUGGCGGACGUGUUAACAUCGACCCUGGACUACAAGUCCUUCUAUCGUACAGCAGUCAUUACUGGACGCGAGAUGUUCAGAAAUCUUGCAAUCUUCAAAAUAUAAGAAUACCCGACUUAUUGUCAAUAUACCGCUAUCGUACUUUGCUUGAUUUUGAAUGCUAGCUGCCUCGCUGUAUUUUUACUCGCUACUUGUUUGCAGUGAAGGAUACACAUACCCAUAUAUGAAUAAUGUGUCGAGGAACCUUCACUUCUGCAAGGUCCGCAAGACAGGCACAAUAAUCUAACUAUGAGAUAAUGGCGGGUGAUUGUCCAGAUGGUGUGGAUUUGCCACCAAUGCCUCGAAAUG